UGUAAAAGUAUAUUACUUUCUUUGUCCCGUUACGUCGACCUCACUCGUUCGAGACCAGUCGCACGCGCAGAGCGGUGGUUGAAGGCAGCAUCGACUUUCUUUUGGCCAACACAAUCAUGAGGAGCUGGUUACUGUGCGUUCUCGCGCUGGCGGUGGUGGCAUGCACCUCAGCACAGCACUACAAUCGGUACGACAACUUCAACGCCGACUCCAUCAUCCAGAAUGAGAGGAUCCUGCUGGCCUACUACAAGUGUGUGAUGGACAAAGGACCGUGUACUAAAGACGGGAAGAACUUUAAACGUGUCCUACCCGAGACAUUGACUUCGGCCUGCUCAAGAUGCUCGCCCAAGCAGAAGCUGGUGGUGCGCAAGCUUCUCCUCGGCAUCAGAGCCAAGAGCGAACCUCGCUUCCUGGAACUGCUCGACAAGUAUGACCCCGAGAGACUGAACAGAGAGGCCCUGUAUAACUUCUUAGUGACUGGCUGUAAAAAAACUUCUAAAAUGAAACUUGUUAUUAUUUCCCUGUGUCUGGCCGCUGCGGUUGUAGCGCAAGAAAAAUAUGACUCUAUCGAUGACAACUUCGAUAUAUCAGAGGUGUUGAACAACGAAAGGCUACUGAAUUCAUACACCAAAUGCUUACUGGACAAGGGACCCUGCACUCCUGAAGUAAAGAAAGUCAAGGAUAAACUUCCCGAAGCUUUGGCUACCAGGUGCGCCAAAUGCACAGACAAACAAAAGCAAAUAGGGAAACAAUUGGCCAAAGAAGUGAAAGCAAAGCGGCCCGACCUGUGGAAGGAGCUCGUCGCCCACUACGACCCCGAAGGCAAAUACCAGGAGGCUUUCCAAGACUACCUCAAGCCUUAAAUUAUAUCAAAAUAUUAUAAUAAGGUCAUGGAAACAAUUUGUUGCAGUAUUUGUGAUAUAUAUUUAUAUUUAAACUAAUAUAUUUAGAAAAAUAUACAACAUUGUUAAAAACUA